CCAGUCGUGCAAGAUGGCCAUUCGUCAAUUUGUCGAUAAGCGUGGAGCUCCGCAGAACUUUUUCAGCGACAAUGGAACGUAUUUUCGUGGAGCAGCCAGAGAACUAGCCGCUGAAAUCAAGUCUCUUAAUCUCGCUUUGGCUGGCACCUUCACUAAUGCCGAAACAGAGUGGCAUUUCAACCCACCUUCUGCUCCCCACAUGGGAGGUGUGUGGGAGCGGAAAGUACGCUCGGUUAAGGAUGCCUUCAAAGUCCUAGCCCAUCGCGAAAAACUAGAUGAUGAAGGGCUUUUGACGUUUCUUUCGGAGGCAUCAAUGAUAGUCAACUCUCGGCCGCUCACAUUCGUGCCGUUAGAAUCCCCCGAGCAGGAGGUUCUCACGCCAAAUAGCUUCCUCUUGAUGAGCUCCAGCGGAAAUACCAGUCUCGCUCGAAUUCCCAUCGACCAGCCAGUUUCCUUACGUACCAAUUGGGGAGUUAUGGUUCAGCUCCUAAAUCAAUUCUGGAAAGCCUGGAUCAAGUCGUAUCUCCCAACAAUCGCCAGGAGAACCAAAUGGUUUGUGGAUGUUCGACCGCUUCAGGAAGGUGACCUCGUUAUUGUAGUUGACGAUACGGUGCGGAAUGGCUGGCUUCGUGGGCGAGUUACCAAAACAUACCCAGGUAUCGACGGGCAAGUCCGCAAGGUAGAUGUCCAAACAGAAACAGGAUUACUCCAACGACCUGCCAUAAAAGUGGCUCUUCUGGACGUGGUUCAGGAUGGCAAGACCAACUAGCGGUAAGGCCUUACGGGUGGGGGUGUUGGCGCGUCAGACGAAUAGGCCCUUUGAAGCAGUCGUUUGAAGUCUACCACCACUACGACAACUAUCCCGUCAUCACAUAGCUUGUCAAACGAAAAUGUUUAUUCUGUUAUUAAUUGCAAAACGUGGACAACCAAUGUGAAAACUUAUUGUAAUUUCUUAAGUUAUAAUUGAAUUCGUUGUAAUAUUGACGCUAGAAUUAUUCGAAGGCUAAACCCGUUCAUUGAACUGAGUCUUAACUAAGAGCAGGUUUAGUCGAUAAAUACUGAAAAUCAUCAGUUUAAAACCCGAGGACUUGAUAACAAAUAUCUUAUUGUAAGUAUCUAUGGACUAUGAGCUAGUGAACAGAUGUUAGAUUAUGACCCACAACAAAUUACCACAGGUCCUAGACAGCAAAUACCCGUGCCGCUAGAGGUCCAAUACGCUCAAAGUAUAAUCAAACUAAAUUGUAAGUAACCUACAUGUACCUAUGUCCUGAACAGUUAUUUAAACGAAAUAUAUUUACAGUCGAGUCGCGAGCUACGCUCGGACUACGGGAAAGUUUA